AGACUUCAAUAUGCAAAACAUUAUCUCUCAACCAACUAGAAUAACAUCCACAACGGAGUCCCUAAUUGACCUUAUUGUUACAACUAAAGCAAACAUGGUUCGUCAAUGCGGCGUGCUGCCAUUGGGCAUAUCUGAUCACAGUUUAGUUUACGCCACUUUGAAGUUGAAAUCCAAAAGACCCCCUCCGAGGAUUGUCCGCUCAAGAAACUUCAAGAGAUGUAACAUUCAAGAUUUCAAGAAAGAUAUCGAACGAAUACCUUUUCACGUACUGGAUAUAUUCGAAGACAAAGACGACGUCCUUUGGGGCUGGAAUCUUUUGUUCAACGAUGUUUGUGAUGUCCAUGCCCCUUAUAAAGACGUCAAGGUUCGCAGCGUCUGUUCACCAUGGAUUAACAGCGAAAUAAGAUUAAAGAUGAACAAACGGUUUAAAUUAUUCAAAGUAGCCACUCGCACAAAAGAUCCGGUCAAAUGGAAGGAAUACAAAAGAUUACGUAAUGAAAUCACCACGGACGUACGUCGGGCGAAAACUAAACAUUUCAAGAACCAACUACUUGAAAUAAAAACCGCUGCGGAGUAUUGGAAUCUUCUUCGCAAUGCCACUGCACCAAAACUCAGAAAGGCUAUUGGACCCUUGAAGAGGGAAGACGGUUCUCUGGCAGUCGAUAGUAAAGAAAAAUCAAAUCUGAUGAAUUCUUUCUUUUCUAAUAUAGGAAUUAAUCUAACAAGGAACUUUUCAUUCACAAAAGUCAACGCUGCCACAACAUUAAAGUCAGUUCCUGUUAUCAAAGACGUUAUUUUAUCAAAAUCCGAAAUUGGAAAGUAUUUAUCAGAUCUUAAAUGGAAUAAAGCUACCGGUCCCGACCAGAUUUCUUCUAGAACUCUAAAAACUGCCGGGAAUGCGUUGGUCCAUCCAUUAUAUCAUAUUUAUUGUGAAAGUCUAAGAUCUGGCUACGUGUUUGAACAAUGGAAAGUGGCUAGGCUGAGCCCUAUCCACAAAAAGGACGAUGAGAGCGACAUGAGCAACUAUCGGCCAAUUUCUAUUCUCAGUAUACCCAGCAAGAUCCUUGAAUCAACGGUCUCUCAGAGAAUCGUCAACCAUACAUUCCACGAGCACAGUUUAGUCACUGAAAACCAAUGGGCUUAUAGGAAAGGCUUUUCUACUGAAUUAAUGCUUAUAAAACUGACAGAACAAUGGAGACAAGCGGUUGAUAACAGUAAAGUUGUCGGCGUAGUUUUUGUCGAUUUUCAAAAGGCCUUUGACUGUGUAUCGCAUAAAAUAUUGCUGCAUAAACUCGAGAUUGACUUUGGGAUCAAGGGCAACCUGGCUGCUUGGCUUCACAGCUACCUAAAGGGGAGGCGACAGUUCACAGUCAUUGACGGCGCAGCCUCUGAUUUUGCUCGCAUUAAUACAGGCGUUCCUCAGGGAUCAGUCCUCGGUCCAACCUUGUUCGCACUUUACACAAAUGAUCUACCUGAUAAUAUAACAAAUGCAACUGUUUUUAUGUACGCAGACGAUACCACCCUGUUCUGUAUCGGAGACACCGUAGACAUUGUUAUUGCCGAACUGAAUGCUGCUCUCAAGGAACUAGAGCUAUGGUGCUUAAGAAAUCAACUAUUGCCUCACCCCAAGAAAUGCGAAGGCAUGCUAAUUCAUCGAGGAAACUUCACUGGUCCACUACAGUCAUUAAUACUGAUGAAUCAUUGUAUAAGAUGGGUUAAACACACCAGGCUGCUUGGAGUCUAUAUUGAUAAUAGACUUAACUGGGACUACCAUGUCAAAGCACUAAAGAUCAGCUUUGCAAAUAAGCUUAACAUGCUGAAGCGCAGCUUGUUCUUACCAAGACCCAUGCUACUGGACUUAUACUUUAAAAAAUUAUUGGCAAGGACUCAGGCAAGGAAAAACCAGCUUGUCAAAAAGCGUGAAGAACUUGAAGCAUGCAGAGCUAAGAGAAAUUCGCCCAUUCAUGAUAGAACUCGGCGUCCCUUGUCAGAAGACAACACUGACAGCUGCUCGGCUGAGGUGGAUACUGAUGACAUCAAAAGACGCAGAAUUGGCAGUGAGGACAGUGGCAAAAGUGCUAUUUUGCAAAAUUCCAAGGACAUUGAUGUUAAUAGCCCAUCAGUUCAGGCAAGAAAAGAAAGGCUGAUGAAGAUGCAACAGAAAGAUCAAGAAAAUGGUGCAACGCCAAAGAAACAUUGGAAAGCUGUAACCCAAGGAACUGGAGUGAACAAUUGCAAUGUCAGUAGCCCUAGUGUAGCAUCACGAUCUGCAGCAUUCCAAGCCAAUGCUGCAAAGGAUCAACAGAAGGAGAAUAUAAACGACAAGAAAUAUCUUGAGCCUCAGGCAUCACAUACCCCUAGUAAACUGGCUGAGGCACGGAGUGUGUUUGAGAAUGGUGUGUCAACAAAAAGCAGAGUGAAUAUUGAAAAAGAGAGAUUUAUACCUCCCCCUAAGCCCCCGAGAGUGGCAGUCACUGAGGACAUUUCUGAUGAAAGCUCCGAAGAACAGUUGCAAGCAGCUAAGAGAAAAGCUCCAUCUCCACCAAAGAAUACUAAAGGAAACAAAGGCAGAGAUCAAAAUAGCAACUCUGUGAUCAAACGGAAAGCUCCAGAACCUCCUACAACUUGUCAGGAUCAAAGACAGAUUAAGAAUGACAAUAAGAGUGAUAUGGCAAAAAUCAGCAAAGGUGCAGAUGAAAAAAAAAAGGGUGCCAAAACAAGUCAAAGACGUUCAUCCACUGAUGAGGAAGGCAAUGGAAACUUUUCCUCUGUUCCAGUCAAACGGGAAAGGAAAGGAAGUGUUGAUGAUUUAAAUGGUGUCAACAAAGCUGAUGGUGAUCUACCUAUGCCAAAACCACGAAAAAAAGUGAUUAACUUGAAUGAAGCAGGCAAUGAAGCACAGGAAAGAUGUGCUGACAAUAAGAAAGUGAAAGAAAAUAGAAGGGAAGAAACUUCAGAUGACAAAGUGACUAUUGUUGCCACUCCAGUUGGCAGUGAUGAGAGAGUGAAGCUGAAUCAUGGAAAGCAACUGACAGAAGAAAAACCACAUGUCAUCCAGGCCUGUGUGGUUGAAGAGAAAAGCCCAAAAGUUGUUGUUGCAAACAGGGAAAUCACUGGAAGCAUUGUUACCGUCAAAGCAGUUUCCUGUGAUAAUUCAGAAGAAAAAAGGAUUGAGAACAAAAGGGAAAAAACCAGAGUCAAUGCAGUGAAAGAAUCCAAAACAGAGAAACCUCCAAGUGCUGCCAAAGUAGCUGACCAGGAUUCCAAACAGGCGGUAACACCUGUUGUGUGGGAGAAACAGGCCCAAGGCUCUUCAAAGAAGCCAAGAAAAUCUACUAAAAGAGAGGAGUUUGCAUUUAAAGUUCCUAGAAGACCUACCAAAGAGUCCCACUUUGAUCCAAAUGAAACAAUCAACCUUAACGAUGUAAACAUUCAUGAAAUGACAUUCACCUUUGACUUUGGUCAGUUCGAUGAACUUGAGAAAGAGAGGGAGGGCAUUUUUCAAAUGAGCUAUGAAGAGAAGUGUAAACAGCUUGAGAAAGAACAAAAGAGAGAAGAGAGGAAGAGGAAAGAAACUGCUUCAACAUCUUCCAUGGAGUCUGAUAGAGAGGAAAGAGGCACCUACCAAUCUGGAUACAACAGCCAGACUAGUGAACAAUAUGCUACCAAGACAGUGCACAAGCCUAAACAGCCAUAACACGAAAAAUUUUGCCCUGACCCUGUCUAGGUCAUCAUACCUCCCUCUUUUAAAGUAUUAUCAAACUAAUCUUCCCCUUUUUUGCCAUAUAGGUCAGAAAAUCUCAAUAUGGACACUUCAAGAAAUAUGGCAUCAAUCCAAAGAAAAAGGUGGCAAGUUUUCCUGUUACAGAAAAUGGUCUUCUUCAUCCUGGAACACCCCUUUAUGCAGCUCACUUCUAUCCUGGUCAGCAUGUUAAAAUUCAAGGAGUCAC